AUGGCAGAGGUGUUCGGGAUCGUCACGGGCGUUUUGGGCAUGCUUCCACUGUGCAGAGAUGGCCUGACCAUGAUCAGGGAUGUCUUCGACUCGACAAGAACGCUGGACCUAGCAGUUGGGAGGCUAGAGCUUCAACAAGACGCACGCAUCACUGAUCUUUGGUCCCAAAUAUAUGUGCUGACACACGUGACAGAAGGAGAUGCCGAUUUGAAAUUUGAGGACUAUGCCAAAGCCAAUCCUGCUGCCGCAAAGCGAGUUUUUCGGCAUUUGGCGUUGAUGGCUCUCGCGUUGUUUGAUGCGCAUGCUCUGGAGGACAAAUACGGAAUCAAGCCGAGCUUUUGGCCGGACCGAGAAUCAAAAGACCUGUCCAGGUUUCGAUUGAGAGAAGGCGAGAAUCUGAGCCUUGAAAGUCAGGGAACAUUUAUUGAGCGGUGCAAAAUGAACAUGUCUUUCAUCAAAGACUGCAAAUUCAUCUUCAGAAAGAAAGACGCUGUAUGGACGGGUCUCAUCGAUCUCAUCAAAGAGUACACCGAGAUCCUCGCUACAUACGGCCCGAAAUACGAAUUGGAGAAGAUGCUCAAAGGAGAAUUCGGAGUUAUCCGCAAGCUGAAACUUGCAGAGCUACAUCGCCGCGCAGAAGCAGCCACCUACGAAGCGCGCCAUACCCUCCUUGAUGGAGACAACGUGUCACGCUAUCAAGAAAUGGCCCUGGCAGCCCAGUUCAGUGCUGUAGUGAAGUUCGAACGCCAGCACGCAGCCUACAAGUUCACGAUGCGUGACUUCCGCCUCGACCCCUCUUACGCAGUCUCCUCAUCCAACUCUGCGACCAUGGCUCUCCUCUUCGAUUACCCAGUCCGCAAAGAGAACCGCGUGGUUCUCAUCGAAUGGGUCGACAGUCUUGGGCCAGACCAAGAGCGAGACACGAGGAUCAAGACCCUCAUGCUCGCCACCCCCAAGCCAGAGAGGCUGAUGCUGCCGAAAUGCUAUGGCAUGGUUGAAGAUCCUAUAGCGAGGAGAUUUGGGCUUGUCCUUGCACCCCCACCGCAUAUUCGGUCGAAUUUACCGCAGAUUAUGCCUGCCGGUGCGAUUAGUCAGAAGAGGAUGCCGGUGAGCUUGAUGGAGCUGCUCGAGAAGAGACACCCGGCGCAGCAAGAGAUGUUGGAACUUGGGGUCAGGUUCAAAUUAGCGAAGAAGUUGGUGGAGGCUGUUGGGCUGAUGUUUUCGGUGGGCUGGGUGCAUAAUCUCAAAGAGCUUGUAGAGAACCUAGAAGUCGCUGACGCACGCAGAAACAUCCGCUCAAACACCAUCCUUUUCUUUCCCGCGCCCAACAUUCCCUCUCGCGGUCCUCCAGGCCCAGCGUCUGGCAUUCCCCAGCCCCUCGGCUUCUCGCAACCACUAUUCGUCGGUGUCGGCGAUACCAUUCUGCCGGAAUUGAUCACAGAGCCGUACUACCCCAUCGAGGACGUGCCGAUCUACAUCGAUGACCACGGCCAGCGGCUCUUGCGUAUCCCAUCACACAACCAUCAUACUCAACCCUCGCACCGGCCCGAUCAAAUCGAGCUGGAUUACUACCAGCAUCCCGAGAAGCGGUGGAAACCAGCAGUCCGCUACAACAGAGCGCACGAUGUGUACAGCUUGGGAUGUGUGCUUUUGGAGCUGGGACUGUGGGAGACGCUGGCAAGUGUUGUGGAGGUCGAGGAUGAGGAUUUUGAGAGGGUGAAGAGGGGCUUUCAGAGCUUGACUAUGAGGCUUGAUGGACUCACCGGGUCCAUCUACGCCAACGUCGUCCGCAAGUGCCUCGCUAUCAACAACCGCGACCGCACUGAAGCUGAAGGCCGCGAGCUCUCAAAAUUCAUGGCUGAGAUCGCGGCUUCGCUGGAUAAAUGCUGGGCCUAA